AUGGAGACUUUACGCCUCAAGCCACGCCAGCCCGUGGCCGAACCCGAUAUCGAGGACUGGGACGAUGACGACUUCCAGAUCGACACCGACGAUCUGACAUUUCGCACUGCGUCCACCACUACGAACCUUCCUCCCACACGACGCGACUCUGCGUCUUCACAUGUUUCUCUCCGCUCCGAUCUCGAAUCCAUCCUGGACGAGGAGACACAUGUGCACGUCCCGGGCGACGACGAGAAGUCGACCCUGGACGCUAUCGCCGCUGCCACACAGGCCGGCAUUCCGAUACCCAAGAAUGUACCCUCUUCCGCUCUCAUGGGUGGCACUAUUAAACGACUAGGUGGGAGGAAGAUCAAGAAGAUCAUGCAGGACGACUGGGAGGAUGAUCUGGUACUGCCAGAUUCAGGCCAGGGCCUUCGCAUUAAGCCUCAAGACGGCUCCAAGUUCCCCGACAUGCUCAGGCAAGUCAGCGGCGGCUCCAGCCAGACAAGUCCGACCAAGCCUAUGAAGACCCCUCCGGCCGUGUCGCUGCUUGACCGGAGAGAGUCGACUGAAUCGAGGACCAGCACGCUGUCAGGAGCCCUUAACUUGGAGAAGUUCCGCGACAACGACGACGACGACGACGACUUCUUUGGCGACGGUUCCGAGACCAUCAAAAAGAACGACAAUGCGUUGGACGAUGACUUUGAGAAUGACUUCGAGCUGCCGUCGGACGGCAAACUGAAGCUCUCUACUAGGAAAGACAUCCCAAAGACGCCUCUGUCACAUGCAGAAGACUUGGAUUGGGGCGAGGGCAGCCUUGGAACUCGAUUUGGAGGCACUCGCAGAGACGGUCGUUCCAACAGAAGCUCCUCUGUCUCGGCCAUGAGUCCCAGUGUGUCGAGCUCGUUCACUGCCGAAAGCGAGGACGAGAAUUUUGAUGGCCUUGUGCUCCCGAGCGGCCCAGUCAACUUCGAGGAGAGGCUGAGCCGGAGAAAGCUCAGCCGCUCUCCCGUACGUCCUGUGGAGGAAGAACCUCCAAACUUGAAGACUCCUCAGCCACGGAAUGAGCCAGAGCCCGAGGACAUGUUCGAUGGCCUUGAUGUCGGCGAUGGCGAUGUCUUCAGUUCCGGCAAACUUACCCUUCACCGCAACAUUCGUGUCAAUGCGAAUCGGCCACCGAGCCCACAGCGGCCCAAGACGGCAAUCUCCUUGACAUUCUCCAACAAAACCACACCGUCACGACUGCCACGGCCUAGCCAUGAGCGCCAUGAGCGAACCCUCUCUGCUCUGGAGCCUGUAUCCGAGAGCGGUGGUCCGAUUUUCGCUCGUUCGCGGAGAUCUCAGUCCCUCCUCUGUCACGAGCAUUCACAGCAUGCCGACGCCCACGACACCAUCUCCAGGAUCUUUGCUUCCCUCAACGCCUCGAAGGAGGGAGCUGGGUCCUAG